UGAUGAAGCAAGGAGGAGAAGAAAUAUAUGUGGGCCCCUUAGGGAAACACGGUUGCCAUUUGAUCGAGUACUUUGAGGCCGUUAAAGGAGUCAGUAAGAUAAAGGGUGGUUAUAAUCCAGCAACAUGGAUGUUGGAGGUGACAACAACAUCCCAAGAAGCAGCUUUGGGAGUGAGCUUCCCGGAGAUAUAUAAGAACUCAGAACUGUACAGGAGGAACAAAACAAUGAUUGAGGAACUGGGUAAACCUGCCCCUGGUUCCAAAGAUCUCUAUUUCCCUGCCCAGUACUCUAAAUCUUUCGUCAUCCAAUGCAUGGCUUGUCUAUGGAAACAACAUUGGUCAUACUGGCGGAACCCACCUUACACUCUUGUGAGGCUCUUCUUCACAACUUUCAUAGCUCUAAUGCUCGGGUCGAUGUUUUGGGGUCUUGGAUCUAAAACCUCGAAUUCUCAGGAUCUCUUUAAUGCAAUGGGUUCUAUGUAUGGUGCUGUUCUGUUUCUUGGGGUACAAAAUGCUGGAUCAGUGCAGCCUGUUGUUGAUAUCGAACGCACGGUAUUUUAUCGAGAGAGAGCUGCCGGAAUGUAUUCAGCUAUGGCUUAUGCCUUUGCCCAAGUUGCGAUUGAGAUUCCACAUAUCUUCAUCCAGGCCGUAAUAUAUGGAGUUAUAGUGUAUUCAAUGAUUGGAUUCCAAUGGACAGUUGCAAAAUUCUUCUGGUAUCUGUUCUUCAUGUAUUUCACAUUGUUAUACUUCACUUUCUAUGGUAUGAUGGCAGUGGGUGUUACACCCAACCAACACAUCGCUUCUAUAGUUUCUUCUGCAUUCUAUGCAAUAUGGAACCUUUUCUCCGGAUUCAUAAUUCCAAGACCAAGUAUUCCUAUCUGGUGGAGGUGGUACUACUGGGCCUGCCCUGUUGCUUGGACAUUGUACGGAUUGGUCGUUUCACAAUUUGGAGAUAUAACGGAACUGAUUUCCACAGGAGAGAAGCAUGAGACAGUUCAACAAUUUCUCUUGGACUAUUUUGGAUUCAAGCAUAGUUUCUUAGGAGUGGUGGCAAGCAUGAUGGUUGUGUUCACUGUGCUUUUCGCAUUCAUCUUUGCUUUUUCGAUAAAGGUAUUUAACUUCCAGAGAAGAUAAGAAGAUUCUGCAAUAUGGAGAGGCUAAAAAUCAAGUGAAUGGAUUUUCUUCUGAAGCCAACCAUGUAUAGAACAUGUCAAUGUUUUGAAGUUUAGCUUUGUUGGAACAAGUUGAGAAUUUUUAUGGUUUCAAAAUUUGGUUGUUAUUUCUUUGUAUUUGUAUGUAAAGGGACAAAAGUUUCCUUCUGUUUUGAAUUGUGUAGGAUAUUAUACUUGCAGCUAAAAAAUUGAUAAUUGUAUUUUUUUUUCCCCUAAAAGGAGGAACUUCCAUCAUUUUAAAUCUGUUGGAGUUACAAGGGUGAGCAGAUGUUAUUUCUUCUGAUAAUGUACAAUAAAAUCUGUAGUUGGCCAU